CCCGCUGCGCCAGCGGCCGUCCGAGUCCUCCUCCGCCGUCCGCCCGCCGCCGAGCCCUGGGCCCGCGGAGACGCGGCGACAUGGCGAGCAGCCACCGCCUCCUGCUGGAGAACGCGCGGCAGGUGGUGCUGGUGUGCGCCCGCGGCGAGCGCUUCCUGGCUGGGGGCGCGGGGCGCAGCCUGGCCGUGCUGGAGGGCGCCAGCCUGGUGGUGGGCACUGAUGGAUUUAUAAAAGCUAUUGGUCCUGCCGACGCUAUCCAAAGACAAUUUUCUGAAGAAACUUUCGAAGAAAGAAUUGACUGCUCUGGGAAAUGUAUCCUACCAGGUUUGGUGGAUGCACACACACAUCCAGUAUGGGCUGGUGAAAGAGUUCACGAGUUUGCAAUGAAGUUGGCAGGAGCCACGUACAUGGAUAUUCACCAGGCCGGAGGAGGGAUCAACUUCACGGUGGAGCGCACACGCCAAGCCUCGGAGGAGGAGCUGUUCCGCUCCUUCCAGCGGCGGCUGCAGUGCAUGGCGCGGGCCGGCACCACGCUGGUGGAGUGCAAGAGCGGAUACGGCCUCGACCUGGACACCGAGCUCAAGAUGCUGCGCGUGAUUGAGCGCGCCCGACGGGAGCUGGACGUCGGCAUCUCGGCCACUUACUGCGGGGCUCACUCAGUGCCCAAAGGAAAAACUGCUACUGAAGCUGCUGAUGACAUCAUCAAUAACCACCUCCCAAAGUUGAAGGAACUGGGCAGAAAAGGGGAAAUACAUGUUGACAAUAUAGAUGUGUUCUGCGAGAAGGGUGUCUUUGACCUUGAUUGCACCAGAAGGAUUCUUCAAUGUGGAAAAGACACAGGGUUACAGAUUAACUUCCACGGGGACGAACUUCACCCAAUGAAGGCUGCUGAGCUCGGGGCUGAACUGGGAGCCCAGGCAAUCAGUCACCUUGAGGAAGUGAGCGAUGAAGGCAUCGUUGCCAUGGCAAAGGCCAAGUGCUCUGCUGUCCUUCUGCCCACCACAGCCUACAUGCUGAGACUGAAGCAGCCUCGAGCCAGGAAGAUGUUAGAUGAAGGGGUAAUAGUUGCUCUGGGCAGUGAUUUCAAUCCUAAUGCAUAUUGCUUUUCAAUGCCGAUGGUCAUGCAUCUGGCCUGUGUAAACAUGAGGAUGUCCAUGCCUGAGGCCUUGGCUGCGGCCACCAUCAAUGCAGCUUAUGCAUUGGGAAAAUCUCACACACAUGGAUCUUUGGAAGUUGGCAAACAGGGCGAUCUCAUUGUCAUCAAUGCGUCCAGAUGGGAGCAUUUGAUAUACCAGUUUGGAGGCCAUCACGAAUUAAUUGAAUAUGUUAUAGCUAAAGGAAAAGUCAUUUGUAAAAAAUGAUAGCACUGAAAAGAAAGAAGACUCUUUGACUACAUAAGUCAAAUACAGUUAUAUUAAAAAGUUAACACACCUUAGUAGUUUAUCAGAAUUAUGUCACUUAAACCUAAAUAUAUCUCAAUGUCUUGUUAAUCUACUUGGAAAACCCAAGCGAUUGAUUUAUUUUAAUUUAACAUGUGCACCUGGAUGUUUAAACAGGUAAACCUGUUGUGAUGAUAAUGAUAUAACAUUAAAUCAUUUCACAAAUAUUGGUUACAAAUAUUCUGAAGAUUAAUAUGAUGGCAUAUCACAAAAAUGCCUUUGUGAGGAAAGCAGACUUGACUUGAAAUUUUCAUUUUGUGUCCACAUUUCAAAUUUCACUUUUUAAACUUUAUUUAGAGAACAUUGAGGUAUAGAAGGAAAUCCAAGUGAUAUGCCUCAAUGAAGCUAAAAUAUAGCUUUUUGUAAUAAGCAACAAAUAUUUCUUUCCCUCACAUAGAUUAUCUUUCUAGAUGCUCUUCAAAUGCAUUAGUGUCUCCUGACAAAGGGUGUCCCCUUUCAUUUCUAACAUCUCUCAACUCCAGCAAUAAAGCUCUUACAGCAGGGUUCAACACUUGUCAUUUUAUACGCAGGCAGGGGCCUUCCCGUAAUGGAUGCAUUUUGACCAAAUCUGAUAAUGUAAUUUUUGGGGAAAUUUUUUUUAAGUGUUUGACUCUUCGCAUUACAAAUGGAUAAACAUUUUCCAGCUCCCAAUAAAUAUUUGCUGUCACCCU